AUGGCGUCCUUCCAGAUUCCACUAUCAUCGGCUCCAACAUUUUCUGACACACCACCAAUAUCGCACUGCCAUCGCAUUUGGAAUACGGAAGCAGCCCGAUUCACGCCAUGUGCUCUGCCAUUCGUAGCAACAAUACCAGCCAUACUGGCAGCAUUGGUACUGCUGAAAUACUCGCUGCAAGUUGCGGACGGCUACUGGCCGGGAUGGACAAAGCCGUUCGUACGCGAGGAAAAGGACAAGUCGGAUGAAUUGGAGACAUCCUCUACACCGCAGCCUCUGGGCAGCACAUUUGGCCUGCUAGUCCUAGCUACGGUUGGACUUACAUUCCAGAUCCUGAGUGCUUUCUUUCCCAUCCGACAAUCGACCGCGUUUUAUCCCGCCAUCGCAUGGGCCAUCGUGGCAGCGAUUGUCAUCGUGAAGCGUCCAAGAAAAGCUUCAUUGUCGUUGUUGCUUCUCUUCACGAGUCUUCUACUCGAACAGCUGGUCACACUAAUCCACAAGGAGAGCCCACUCCUAGCUAAAGAUGUUCCUUGGACCGUCGCACCCGUAGCGGCUGCACUAGGCAUCGUUCUGGUUCUCAAUAUGCCUCUCCGGGACCCAAGGCUACCUAGGAAAGAUAUUAGCCCAGCUUUUGCCACUCCCACGGUGCAACUUAGGACUCCCGAGGAUAACUUGACUCCUUGGCAGUACAUGACAGUGUCAUGGAUGGAACCAUUGAUCAAAAAAGGCGUGACACGUCAGAUGGAAGACGAGGAUAUAUGGGAUCUUGGCUGGGAAUUCAAGCACGCGCGGCUGCACGAGGCAUUCCGAAAACUACAGGGUUCGGUGACAAAACGAGUCUUCUUUGCAAACGGCAUGGACUUGGUUUUUACGACUGUCCUCAACGUUGUUCGGAUGUGCGCAACUCUACUCACCCCUGUGCUUUUGCAGCGGGUCCUCGCAUCCAUGGAAGAUAAGAACAGCAGUGCUACGAUCACCUACGCCUGUAUCAUUCUCGUCUUGAGACUAGCAUCUGCCCAGCUUAACAUCUUCAAUCUGUGGCAUCAGAGGCGGUCAUACGAGAGAUGCAGAGGCGAGCUCAUCACCAUGCUUUACGAGAAGACUCUGCAUCGUAAAAUUCUGGGGGCCAAACAAGACGUCAAGGAAGAUCAGACGAAUGGCCACAGUAACUCUGAAGCAGACGAGGCGGGUAGCAGUCUUGACAGCACGAGCAAGGCAGCAAGCGGAAGCUGGCUACAACGUGUGGUCACUUCUGUCCGAUCUAUGUUCACAAAGAACAUCAAGACACAGGUCAAAGACGAAAACCAGGCUGCAUCGAUGGGCAAGAUCCUCAAUUUGAUGCGAAACGACGCUUAUGAGGUAGCACAGCGCUUCUGGGAGUUUUCUGAUAUCAUCACUAAGCCUGCAGGUGCCAUAUUCGCAACCAUACUAAUAUGGCGAAUGUUAGGUUGGGCGUGCCUACUUGGUGUUUUGGCACUGGGUGCUUCUCAGCUCCUUAACAUCGUGAUCGCCCGCUUUCAGGUCUAUUUCGAGAAAAAGCGCAGAAUUGCGACCGACGAGAAACUGCAACGUACAAGUCAGUUCAUAGAGUCCAUCCGCCAUCUGCGCUGGUACGGCUGGCAAGGCGCAUGGUUGGAGGGAAUCCUUGAGUCUCGUCAAAAAGAGCUGCAUCUUCGUGUGGUCAACAUCAUCUUCUCGACAUCGCUCUCCUUCAUUCUCCGCUUCGGAUCGGGACUAUUCCCUGCGGUUGCCUUCUACGCUUUUACUAAAUUAGCCGGUCAGCAGUUACGCGUUGAUUUGAUCUUCCCUGCUUUCGAUCUAUUCAAUCUAUUAGAGUCGUACCUCAGGGCGCUUCCGCAACUCGUCACUACCGUGCUCAAUGCAUACGUUGCGAUGGGUCGCAUUGAAGAGUUCAUGGCCGAGCCAGACAAAGAAGAGACGGAUGUAGUACCAGAAGGGUCUGCUGACCUCGGCCUUCACAAUGCAUCUUUCGCGUGGCCUGGGGUUGACCACGAUGUCCUCCAGGAUAUCACGUUCUCUUUCCCCCCAGGACUGACCGUGAUAUACGGAGAAGUCGCUGCCGGUAAGACGGCGUUGCUACAAGCCUUACUUGGCGAGCUUGACAUCACAGCUGGUGAGCUGGUGCGGCCUGAUCAGGUAGUAGCAUAUUGCGCACAAACGCCAUGGCUCCAGAGCAUGAGUAUUCGCGAUAACAUACUUUUCUCCUACCCUUACGAAGAGGGUCGCUACAAGCAGACUCUGGAAGCGUGUGCCUUAUUACCUGAUAUGGCAGAGCUCAAGCACGGAGAUCUGUCGAACAUUGGCGAAAACGGCAUUGGCUUGUCUGGUGGUCAGAAGGCUCGUGUAGCAUUGGCGCGAGCUGUAUACAGUCGCGCGAAGGUACUUCUUCUUGACGAUCCGCUAUCCGCCCUUGACCACCAGACAGCCGAAUUCAUCGUUGGCAAACUACUAGCUGGGCCAUUACUCGAUGGCAGAACGACUGUUCUUGUCACACAUCGAACAGAACUUUGCCACGGUAUCGCGAAGCAAUGGGUCCAUUUAGAACAGGGCAGAGCGACUCUUCACGAGCCAAGCCAAGUUGAAGACGCGAAUGCCCUAAAGCGCACCCAGACCAAUGAUACUGAGUCAGAGGAAGACGCCAAGAAGCGAGAAGAAGAGCAAGCAGCGGCUGUACCCGACAAGUUUAUCGAAGAUGAACAUCGUGAGAAAGGUGGCGUCAAGUGGAGUGUAUACUGGCGCUACAUUAGAGCAGGUACGCUGCGAUGGUGGUCUGUUGCCAUUAUCGUCAUGGCCCUCUUCCGUGUGCUGGAUGUUGCGCAGACAUGGUUCAUUAAGUCGUGGGCAGAGAGUUACAACGAGGAUGAUCACAAGGGUAUCUUCGACUUCCUGCCUCCAGCCGCAGACGACGUGGUUCCAUGGCUCUGGACUUUCUUCGGAUUUGUCUCCGCAACUGCCAUACUUUUCUGGUUCACGAACCUCAUCAUGUUUGGCGUAGGCUACCAUGCCGCCAAGACCAUCUUCAGAGAGACCAUUGAACGCGUUGCACAUGCGACAUUCCGAUUUUACGACGUAACGCCAGUGGGACGACUGAUGAACCGAUUGACAAGUGACAUGAACACCAUCGAUGGCGAUCUGAGCACUGCCUUCAUCGUCUUCGCAUGGCAGAUCAUAGGCUGGACGAGUGCUGUCAUUAUAAUCUUGUCUUCGACACCAGCAUUCCUAGCUUUCGGUUUGGUGCUUAGCUGCGGAUUCGUCUAUUAUUUCUUCCGUUUUCUACCAACGUCGCAAAGCCUGAGGCGGCUCGAAAUGGUAUCACUCUCGCCACUCAUGAGCAAUUUUGGCGCACUUUUGGAAGGCCUGACAACUGUGAGAGCUUUCAGCGCGCAACAACGAUUCCAGACCCGUGUCAUCGAGGUGGUCGACAACUUUCAGAAGAAUGAUCACUUCUACUGGUCACUUCAAGCAUGGCUUGCGCUUCGUUUCAGCGUCAUGUCGGCUAGCGCUACGCUCGUUAUGACACUCAUCGCUGUCUACACACACAUCAGUCCCGGUCUUACCGCAUUUGUGUUGAUUACCGCUGGCAAAUUCGUCAUACAUACGGAGUAUAUGUGCAGGAUAUACGGAACGCUGGAGAUGGACUUCACCAGCGUCGAGCGUGUCGUUGAGCUCCUUGAUAUUGAGACGGAAGCACCCGGUGUUGUUCAGCCACCCGCACACUGGCCUACCUAUAGUGGCGACAUCGAGUUCGAUGAUGUGACCAUUCGAUACGCAGAGAACCUCGAGCCUGCGUUGCAAAACAUCACUCUAAAGAUCCCUGCGGGAUCCAACACCGCGGUAAUUGGGCGAACGGGUUCUGGAAAGUCUACUUUGGCUCUCUCCCUCCUCGCCACUAUUGCUGCGGAAAACGGCAGGAUCUUGAUUGAUGGGAUCGAUAUCUCCACCGUGGACAAGCAGGCGCUUCGCAGUCGCGUCACUUUCCUCGCGCAGGAACCAGUUCUCUUCCCCGGCACCAUGCGCAAGAACCUGGACCCGUUAUCUGUUUACUCCGAUGCAUCUUGUCUAUCUGUGUUGCAGAAGAUCGGCGGGGAUCAAUACAAUUGGACGCUUACAACCUCGAUCGAAGGUGGUGGCAAGGGUCUCUCACAGGGCCAACGGCAGCUUGUUGGUCUGGCUAGAGCCAUGUUGAGGAGAAGCCCAAUACUGAUUAUGGACGAGGCGACGGCCAGCAUUGAUUUCGAAACCGCGCAAAGAAUACAGAGCGUUCUUAGGGAGGAGAUGAAGAGCAGUACAGUAGUCACCAUCGCGCAUCGACUGGAAGCAGUCAAGGAGGCUGACUAUUGUAUCGUGCUUGGAAAGGGCAAGUUGGUCAAGGCUGGCAAAGCCGAGGACAUGCUUAGGGAAGGCGGCGAGUUCCAGGGUAUGUUGGCGUAG